UUGCUUUACUGAUGCCGGUAGCAAAAACUAGUUGCCGGCUUCCGUAUCCUUUGGGAUGUGUAAUUAAGCAUGCUGCUUCAACACAAAAGAUGAACCUUAAGGCCUUUUCAGACACAGAGCACUCAACCCAACUGCUGGAGUAGAGAGAGAUGUGUGCCACCAUGACUAGAAGAGGGAUUUAACCCUUGCAGAAAGGAUUUAACCCUGCCAAGAAGUGGCAGUUGUCCUGCAUUGGGUCCUCCCAGGUUAUUUCGAAUAGGCAUUGCCAAUGGAUGAACUGGUGCAUGACUUGGCCUCAGCUUUAGAGCAGACUUCAGAGCAGAACAAACUGGAUGAGCUAUGGGAAGAGAUGGCGCUAAGCCCACGGCAGCAGCGGCGUCAGCUUCGUAAGAGACGGGGUCGUAAGCGACGCUCAGACUUCACACAUCAGGCAGAACAUGCCUGCUGCUACAGCGAGGCCUCAGAGUCGAGCUUGGACGAAGCUGUCAAGGAUUGCCGUGAGGUGCUGACAGCGAAUUUCAGUGACUCUGAUGACAUGGCAGUGGUCAAACGGCAUCCAGCUCUUAGUGCCACCCUGAGGAGCAAGCAACACUUGUGGCAUGAGUCAGACUCCUUUACAGAGAAUGCGCCCUGCCGACCUCUCAGGCGCCGACGGAAAGUCAAACGUGUGACAUCAGAGGUGGCUGCCAGUCUCCAGCAAAAGCUCAGGGUGUCAGAGUGGAACUAUGAGAGGGGCUGCAGGUUCAAGUCAGCCAAGAAACAGCGUCUUUCACGCUGGAAAGAGAAUGCCCCUUGGACAUCAUCCAGUCAUGGCCUUUGCGAGUCAGGAGAGAACAGGCCCUUCCUCAGCAACGGGGGAAGGAAGGAGCGGAUGGAGUGUGAAGCUGAUGAUCAGAAACAGGGUUCAGAUGAAAACAUGUCGGAAUGUGAAACCAGCAGUGUUUGCAGCAGCAGUGAUACUGGCCUCUUUACCAAUGAUGAAGGCCGCCAAGGAGAUGAUGAGCAAAGUGAUUGGUUUUAUGAAGGAGAGUGUGUUCCAGGAUUCACUGUCCCGAACCUUCUUCCCAAGUGGGGAGCGGAUCACCGAUCUGAAGUGGAGAGGAUUGACUCAGGCCUGGACAAGCUCUCUGUUUCCACCUUCCUUUUGCCCUCACAGCCAGCUCAGAGAGGAUUUCAUGCUCGCCUGAAUCGCCUUCCAGGAGCUGCUGCCCGUUGUCUCCGUAAAGGUCGGAGGAGGCUGGUUGGCAAGGAGACCUCCAUGAGCACUCUGGGCACCGAGAGGCUAAGUCACAUUGUUAGUGAUCCACGCCAGAAAGAUUUUUGGUUACCAUCCAUGGGGAAGAGAGACCGCAACCAGUUCAAUCCAUUAUCUCCUCUCUACUUUCUGGAUGUGCUUGCUGAUGCUUCCCACCGAAGAUGCUCACCAGCACACUGCACUGCCAGGCAAGCAAAUGUCCAUCUGGGACCACCAUGUUCAAGGGACAUCAAGAGGAAACGAAAGCCAGCUGCAGCCUCCAUGUCUAGCCCAACAUCAGCAACUUUAUCUGUCCACAUGGAUGCAGCAGAAUCAGAGCUACCAGCAGCACCAUCCUUGAGAUCCCAGAACUCUGAGUGGACUGGGAAAACACCAGCAGCUGAGAAAUCUACUAUUGCUGCCUCCAGUAACUUUUUUAAAAUGCCACCAGAGAAGAGCCCUGGAUACAGCUAAAAGGGAAGCACUGCAACUGUAAAGGCUUGCUCGACUUUGGAAGUGUUUGAUUCUGGUGUUUGUCUGCACCAAACAUCUUGUGUGGCAGUGUGGUAUCUUCAGUAUUGGUGCGUGGUACAUGCCAUCAUCCAGGCUGGUCUGUGUGCCUCACACACCUAAAUCAUGUUUGUGAAUCUAUGUUUAAGAAAAGGUAAUCAGUGUUGGGACUGCAGUGGCUUUUAGAAAUUUUCCUGCUAUCACUGUAUUUAUUACGAAUUCAUCUCUUUUCCUGGUUCCAGCUCAUAUGUAAUGGGUCAUGUACAGGUUUUCUUUGGGGUUUUCAGAUCCUUAUUCACCCUCUGGACAUGUUGCUCGUUUGUGUACUUGGCAUUUUCAGGGUGAAAGUCCCACUGCCAUUCAGGGAGGCAGGAGUCUCCCUCUGCUUGCUUCCAGACCAGAAGGAUUUCUUGGCUGGGGAAUGAGGAGGGAAUGCUAAUGCAUUGAAACAUGGAACCUGAAUCCUGUAUUAGAAGAAUGUUUUCUGGCCAUGUGCUAACAGACUCAAAUCAUGUUGCUUCUGGCAAAGCAAAUAUGGUGCUUGUCUUUGUAGAAAUUGCCAUUAGCACACUGGCGGCAUUGUCCAUUCAACCUUUUCCUUCUCCCUUACUCUGAAUGUGUUCAGUCUUUAUUGCAUAUUGCAUGUUCAUUCCUGAACCUCCUACUGGAUAAGGAUUUGGGAGAGCUACUUGGACUGAAUGUGCAAGCUGCUGUCCUGGAUGGAAACCCAGAGCCUUGAAUAUUGUUGCAGUGUGGUAGAAGAUUAUACAAAACAUCCAUAUCUCAGUAUAUAAAUUAAAAAAUGUCUGUUAGUGUUGCUAAAGGAUGCUUGUUGAAGUUAACAUGCCAUUGAACAAAAAAGCCAUUUAAAGUGUCACCUGAGUUCAGAGCAUUAUAGGUAUAGAUCAGACUCCUUCUGUAUCAUGCUUCAUCUUCCUUCAAAAGUAUUGUCUGCUACACCUACUGGAGGUGUCUCCACCUGCUGAUAAUUGCACAUUACACUGCAGUGUACACUAAAGAGAUUCUCUUCGUAGAACGUCCACUCGGUCUGCUGUUACCUCCUGUGUUGCAGAAUAUAUGGACAGGGAUUUCUUCUCUCUCUGUAAUAACUCUGGAGCUUAUCUUCAACUAUGUUUUAAGAAUAUGUACUUGUAUAGCAUGUACCAAGGAACAGGUGGCCUCCCAGCUUCUUAAGUCCUUUAAGUCCUAUUUGUAUGAAUAGAACUUUUUGCUUUCCUUGUGUGGAGCUUUCAGACAGGACUGUUUAAACUUGUAAAAUCUGUUUUGAUUGUGGCAGUUCAUCUAGCAUUCUUAAGCAGACGGCAAAAUUGGUGUGAUUUUACUGAUUUUGCAGUGUUCUGUUCUCUUAUGAAUCAAAUGACUGAGGGACAGAUUUGAUUGGGUGAAUAUGAAGCAGUGAUUUAUAUUAGCUGUGUGUUAAAAUGGGAAAUGGUCAUAAUAUACACAAAACAAACUGAAUGACUGUAAAUCAUGAUUGACAGAUAUAGUUAGUUAUACUACAUGCACACUGUGUCUGAUCCCCUAAUACCUACUUAUUCUUGGGGAGACAUCCAAAUUGGAUUUAUAUUUUGCAGCACAAGCAAACUGUCAGAUCUGUCACUAUAAAUCCUUCUCAAAACGCUUUUUUUUUCUUUCUUUUUUUUUUUUUAAUUUUUUUUUUAUUUGCGUGGUCCAUUUAAGAAGUAAUUAGAACGGGGAAACCCUUUUUACCUUAAUGAUGGAAUACAGAAGUCCAUUUGGAUUACAGGACAAGAUGUUAUAGUUUAUAAAGGAAGAAGUGUUCCUGUUUUAAAGUUGUCAUGGCUUUUUCUUAUUUGUAGCUAUUUUGAACAACGAUGCCUAAGGGGUAACACAGGAAGUUUCAACACUGGAGGGCCUGUAAUCUAAAACAUCUGAAAAGAAGGUAAACCUGAAGAGUAGUAGUUUGACUAUCUAGUACUCGUGAAUACAGUGAAUGGGAAAGGUGAGAAUGUUCUCCUGACAACUUGCAUAAAAAAUUUAGGAUUUGAAGCCUUGUAAUCUAAGCUGCAUGCUGCUCUAAUGAUAAUGAAUGGUUCCCUGAAAGAGUAUUUGUGAAAUUGACUGGUUUUGAUCUUGUGGAGUAUCCUCCACAACCUCUCUUAGUUUGAGUCUGUUCAAGAGAUUUACUCAGAUUACUGACCAUUCAGCUUUAUGCAAUAAAUACAAUUUAUUUUAUUUACAUACUAUUUUAGCCAUUGUAUUCCCUUUUAAAAGUCAGUUGUGAUAAAUCUUGCUGCAUUCUAAGUAUUGUCCAAAUAGUUUUUUUCUCUUCUGUGAUGUCAGGAUGCUUUAAAAGCUUUUUCAAGAAAGGUGUUAGGGAAUCAAGAACUUUCAUCUCAUUGUGGUGGUGGAGGGGUGGGUUGCAAUGCUUCAUGUGAUUUUUCUCUGGGUGCAGGGAAAGAGAAUUUAUCAUAUUUUCCUAUUGAGGUCAGUAGCACUGUUAUCUGGUUAAGCCCUUACUUAGGUUGUAAGCUCCUAGGAGGUAUUUCUUGUCUUUAAAGGCAGAUUGUACCCGUGGCAGUACUGAAGAGCAGCUGUGGCAGUGUCUUGACAAGCCAUACUUCCUGACAUGGCAACUUUCUGGAAGUUCCAGGAGACUCCAAUUAUUGCAGCUGCCCUGUCUUUUCUAUUUCUAGGUUAGAAUCCAUUUACAAAUCAGUCAGAUUCUCAACCAAAUUCUCCUGAGUGGUAGGCAACCUAAAUGGAUCAUCUAUCUUGUUACUCUAGGGUAUAUAAAAUAUAUCUUCAGACUUCAGUAACUUGAUACAGAUUUUAGUACCUACAGCAUUAUGAGAUGAAUAAAAUAAGUCCAUUGAUUUGCCUCUUUUUUUUUCAUCUAAGGCAGAUUUCUUAGAACUCACUCUGCUCACACAGUACUUGGUGUGAAGGAUACUGCUUCCCAUAUGGAUUACUUGAGCAGAAAGGAAUAAUAACAUGCCUUGCUUUAGUUGCUGUGCUUCUGCCAAGAUGGUCCAGUAUGUGAUUAUUGCUCCAAAGAUAUUCAGCUCACUCGUAUUUCACUUUUUGUGCACCAGGACUUCCCAGUCUUUUUUCAGUUUUGUCUUCUCUCUAGUUGUCUUCCUCCUUGUGUUUAUGGGACACUUCAACUUUGCAGACAGGACCUGGGCAUACCAUACUACAGUGACAAGCAAGUCUGGGAAAUUCCUGAAGUAUGUUGAAGAUAAUUUGUAGUCACAAGUACUCAACCAACUAGGAAAGAUCCCCUCCUAAACCUGUUAUUUAUUAAUGAAGAAGGAUUUUUGAGAGAUAUGGUGGUAGGUGGCUGCCUUUGCCACAGGAUCGUGAAAUGGGUCGUUUUAAAAUCUUUGAUGUAAUGAGAGAAAUGGUCAGCAAGGUUCCUACCCUGAAUGUCAACAGAGCUGACUUUAGGCAACUCAGUGAGCUAGUUACUAGUGUGCUGUUCCUUGAGUCUGGUCAGUUUUUAGGAAUCACCUUUUAAAAGCACAAGAGCAGGUGAUCUCUGUGUUGAAAGUCAAACAAGCCAUGCAGAAGCCCAGCUGAACACGGAACUCCUCUUGAAUCUCAGAAGGAGAAGGAUUCUAUGAUCUCUGGAAGCAAGGUCAAGGUUCACAGAAAAAUUACAGAGCUGUAGUUCACAUAUGCAGGGAGAAGAUAUUAAAGACCAAGACUUUAAUUAGAGUUGAAACUGGCCAGAAUUGUUGUGUUAGACAAGCAAGGGUUUUUGAAGUACAUAAAUAGCAAUAGGAGGUCUAAGGAAAACAUUGGACUGAUAUUUGUUGUGAAUGAUCACCUGACAAAUUGGAGUGAAGAAAAGGUGGGGGGCAUUCAGUACUUUUUUUUUUUGCCUUGGUCUCAUUAUAAUACUGACAGACCUUGGGCUGCUCUGUCUUCUGAUUUGGAGCAUCGUUACUGUGGGAAUAGUGACUUUGUGCACAUGGAGAUUGUAAGGGACCAGCUGAAUGUUUGUAAGUCUAUAAAGCCAGGUGGGGUUCAUCCCAGAGUACUGAAGGAGCUAGUGGUUGUUGUAGCGUGACCUCUCUCAAUCCCUACCAAAGUCUGGGAAAGGUCUAUCUUUGGGAGUCUGGGAAAGGUUUAUCCUGACUAAAAUCUACUCAGUGUUAUUCUAGUUUACUAGAAGGGCAUGAAGUGAGACCCAAGAAACACAGACCUACUAGUCUAGCCCCAGCACCUGGAAAAAUUGUAGAGGAGAUCAUACUGGGUGCUACUGAAAGGCAAUUAAAGUCCUUUAAAUCAUAGAAUCAUAGAAUAUCCUGAGUUGGAAGGGACCCACAAGGAUCACCAAGUCCAACCAAACAGGUCUGGUGAGUGACGUGGUGGUUGAUGGUGAAGGUGUUGAUACAUACCCCUUCUUGCCUCUGGGGACCUCCUGCAAUUGCAACAGUUUUUCACAGAUGGCAGUGACCAAUCUUAAAAUGACACACUUCUGUGUAUAGGGAGAAGAUGGACAGAAAGAGAAAUCAAAAACUGAGAGAAGCACAUUUCCUAGUUGUUCUUUGCACAUUUCUGGUGGUUCAGUGAGCUCUAGUCAGGAUUAGUGCCCAGCUUGGUAAGUCCUGGAGAAGACUGAACUAAAAGAAUGUAGUUUCUGUCAUGAUGGAUUUAUGAUUUUAAGGUACAGUAACAAGUGGAGAAAGCAGCAAAACAGGAGCUGGAGAGAAACUUGUUAGAGGCUGGGACUAGUGCUACUGGAUGAUAGAUUAGCUUUGUGAUUGUGGUAUGCAGAGGUGUGUCUUGCCAGCAUCAUUCUUGAAUAAUGACAUUGAGUAGGUUAGUGCUGUCCUUCAAACUGUAGGUGCUCUUGCUGUUAUAUUCUGGAUGUUGUGGAGAUCUGCUUAGUGGGCAGAGGAUGAGAAGGGAAAUUGUAGGAAGGGCAACAAGAAGCAUGAUGGAGUGCCUCUUUUAUUGUCGCCCCUUCUGUACUGAAGAAGGAAGAUGCUACAAAAACCUUGUGCCUAGAUACAUACAAAAAGUAUGUGUGCCUAGAUAUUGAAAAGAAAUUAUGUUAAGAGGAUAGGAACUUUGCUUCAUUGUCUUGAGGAACAGUUUGUAACCAGAGAAUUUUUCAGUAAAGGAAAAGUAAAGGAUACUACAUUUGUUCAGAAAAUGUAUUUUAAUGGUCUGUUAGGAAACCAUCAAAGGAAGAUGAACUUAUGUUCUCAUUGUUUUACUUCAUUUCUGUGGUUUUGUUUCCUAUAUUCUGUUGCAGUUUUUGUUUUGUGAUUGUGACAUCCUUUUGUACCAUCAAGUGGAGGAAAAAUUCUUUACAGUAAUGCUUCUUAAGGCAUGAAGCAUAAGGGGACGCUUGCUAUACAGGAGGUAAAAGAUUAUCCUUAGGCCAUUAACUUUACCCAGUACAACACUUGAACUCAGCACAGAGGACAUAAUGGCUUAAUUGUACCAAAGCCUCUCUUUUUAAGAGAGUGAAUAGUGCCACAGAUGAGUGCCACAGUGCCACAGGCAGGUCAGCUAAACUGGCAGCAGUGCCUGCAGACCCACAUGUGGCUGGGCCUCAGUCAUUUGACAUCUAAUACAGAUUUACAUUGUAGAGACAGAAGGAACUUUCAACAUCGUUCUCAACUUUAAUGUGGUGAGAAUGCCUUCCCAUGCAAGCAUGGCUGUCACUGUGAGUCCAGCCAGCUGAAAAUAUGUGCUCACUGGCUUGCUGUGUCAAGAGAAUUCUUGUACCAGCUUCAAGAAUUGGUAAAACUGGAAAAUGGACUGGUACAGCCUGUUAUAUCAAAGAUGCAAAAUAUAUAUAAUUGCAGACAAUAAUCAAGAAAAGUAUUGCUGAGUCCUGGAUAUUAUGAGCUAGAGUAUUCAAUGUCCUGAAGCAGAGAUGCCAGUAUUAGGAUGAUCAGGGUUUUGCAAAGCUGCCCUCUUGUCCUUGUAAACUCUGAAGGAAAUGGGAUGAACAGCCUGAAAAAUGCUGUACUGUGUCAGACCAAAGGUCUGCUUGUCUUGGUAGUCUGUCUCUCACAGUGACCAGGUUUGCCUGCCUGGGGGGUACUGUAAACAUAAAGCAGUAAUAUAGGGAUACUUUUUUUUAGUGUUCUCUUAGCCCAGUGUCCUGCCUCAAAAAAGAUGUACAAACUUUUUUUGAUGCUGGAGAAAACAUCUUUGAACUUUUGGUUAUAGUAUUUAUCCUGCAAUGGGAUUUAAAUAUAUUUUUACAAGGACACAUCCUGAUGAUGAAAGCAUCAAUAAGGAUUAGCAUAUCUUUUUUUGUAGUCAGUUUUCUUAUUAAUUACUGUCUUUAUAAGUAAAUAGCAUCUUCUCUUGGAAUAUUUUUUUCCUAAUAUCAACAUCCUGACAUUGCUUCUUACCAUGCUUUUUUUUCAGCAAGGGUGAAAAAUCUUGUUCUUUCUUUUCAAUGAUGCUUUUUUGACAUGUAUUUGUAUGCCCAGUCAACAAGUCCUAUGUAAGCCACUAACCCAUAUAAAUCAUUUUUCAUAAGCUUCAUACUGUAAAACUUGUCAUUUAACCUUUAAUUGUGCUCCUGCAUGAAAAUCCCCAGUAUUCCACAUCCAUAUGCAUUCAUUUCUAGUGUCUAUACUUAAAGUAUUCUUGAGAGUUACAGAGUAACUGUUAAGAGUCACCUGUGGUACUCCUCAUAGAGUGUUCUGAUAUUGCUAUUCAGGCUUCCUAUACUCAUAUAGCCAAAUAUGCUGCCAGUCUUUGCUGCCCAAACGAUGCUGUAACCACUACCGUAGGAGGUGGUAUUCAGGCAGUUGAACCUAAAAUUCUUACCACUGCUUUUUAAUGUACAAGGUCCUAGAAAGUAAGAAUUAAUUUUUUUAAUUCAAAAAUCUAUUGCAUUUCCUUUAGCAGUAUUAUAGUGCAAUUUUGUACCAAUCGUAUUUAUAGUUUGCAAUACUUAAGAGCUCAGUCUGUUUAGUUUUAUCAGAAGAAAAUCAAAGGUGUCAUGCCUGUGUGGUAGAAAACCUUUAUGGCAUUGGAAAUUCUAAGUAAUAAAGCAUCUUUUUUGUUGCAGGUGGCAUACAAAUUAACUUGGAGCUAAAGCCUAGGCUGCCUAGAUUGGUGCAUGUGAGAUUUCAUUUCUGGAGGCAUUUCUAAGAGGCCCAUGAUCUGAGCCUGGGCUGGUCUGACCAGAGUCCUUGGGCACUGCCAAAGUCCUUGAAUUCUCCCUCAGGUUUUGACAACACCACAUAGUGAGCCAAAGCUACCAUCAGUUGCAUUUCAGCUUCCUCCUGCUGUCAAAGAGGGCUCUCCUAGAGAUAGCUCACAAAAGGUCUACUCAGAGUCUGCGAAGAGCUGCCUUGUGCAUGUCCCACAUAUUUUAUGAGGUCAUAAGAUUUAGCUGUUUGAUAGGGGUUGGACUCUGGGUUCUUGGGACUUUAUUUUAAGGGUAACAUGUAAAUAAGAAAGAUUCCUGCUUGUAUUCCUCUGUUUUAAAUAAGAUGUGUAUUCUCUGAAUGAGGCUCUUGCAGAAUCUCUGUUCUGAUUAUAGAAACUGGAAAUAAAUCAAUAUAUGAAAGAAGUGUUUUAUCUGAUAUAAAGGAACUGAGUUGAGAUGGGGGAAGAGAGGUUUUGCUGACAUUUGCCUAGAUUUACAGUAUUGGGCUCUCCAUUAAUCUGCAUGCUUCCUUGACCGUUUCCGUAAGUAUAAAGCAUAAACUGUAAUCUGAAGGUCUGUAGGGAGUUACUGUGCUUUUCUUGCUUUGAAUUGCAAACCUGAGUGAAGGAUUUGAGGUAAUUUAUCAUGUCCAUUCUUUGGAGUUUUUUUUGUAAUGAUUUUGUUUCCCAGUUUGUCAGGACAUUGUCUCUAGACAAGUGAGAUGCUGCUCCCUGUUUGGAAUUUGAAACAAUUCCAGAGUUUCUUAAAUAGCCUUUCAUUUCUAAGGCACUGCUUCAGAUCUGCCCAGUUCCAAAUGGGAUGUCAUUUAAAUGAGCAGGUCAGUUUCAAUUGAUAGUUUAAUGGAUAUCAAUUCAUUUUGCCAACACUAACAUCCUUUUAAGAUAGAUUGGCAUAAUUCUUUUUUACCAUGAUAACAUGACUUCAAAGAUCAAAUGAACAGAGGACUUCUAAUUUUCUUUUGCCUAUGCCUGUGUCCCAGUUAUUAAUAGCUAUGCAUAUUUGUGGUAGGAGCAACACAGGAAUCCCUUUACCUUAACUGUUCCAAUGAAUAAACUGUAAAAAUUAGAUCCCAAGUGGACUAAAUGUUUUUAAACAAAAAGAUCAAGAUCCUUUGGAAAUGGCUUCAAGUUUUUAACACCAUAUUGGCAGUAGAGGGUUGUCCCAUUUUUAAAAGUAGUUAUUUUUCUCAUCUCAUCACAAGCUGCACCUGUGAGAAUUGUGAAAUGUUCCCUGUGAAAUAUGCUGAUUUUUUUUAGGUAUAAGUAGUUGGAACAAGGAGCAAUAGAUUGUCUUAUGGGAAGGACUCAGAUUUGGCAAACUACUGGUAAUGUCAAAAAUUUCAGAUGUCUAAAAAUUAGCUGUUUCAGUUUUGCACCUACUUGCAAUUUUGUAAUUUUAAAAUUUUUAGUAAAUAAGAAUUUAAUCUGAUAAUUUGAUUAAUUUCUAUUUAAAAAUGAAAGACUGAAUGUGCUUUUUUACAUGUGCUUAAUUUUACAUCCCAGGGCUGAGAAUUUUCUCAGUUCAGUUUGAAUAACUGAUGGUAAGUUUGAUAACAGGGCUGACUAUGAUGGCAUUCAUCAAUUUUGAUUUUUUUCAAGCCAUGAAACCUUUCUUCGUGCUUUUUCAGCUCAUAAAAAUCAACUGAAGCUACAGAUGAAUGCAAGUAGACUUGCUAUGUUCUAAUGGAGAACAACUCACAUAUAAAUAAAAGGGUAUAUCCAAUCUGGGGUACAAAUUUUGUUCUCUACUGGCAUAGAGUAAUUUCCCAGUAAGAACAGAUACAUACAUUCUUUUUUUUAAUGAAAUAUAGUAUAGGUUUUCAAAGUAGUAAACUAUAUUAAUUUAAUUCAUUUUCGGUGAGGGAGUGACAGAGAGGUGUCUAAAUAUGAGAAUGUGAGCAGAUCUUAGGAGUUGCUGCAAUAGGGCAGAUGGAGCACACAGAGUUUUCAAAACACACUUUAAAAAUUGUACUGGAGAUUGGAGAAUUGUACCUAAAGAUUGGAGAAAUCUUCUUCUGAGAAGUGUCAUCACUCACAGACUGCCUGCAGGUGCAGUGAUGGCAGACCAGUGGUUCUGAUAAACUAAUGCCAGCACUGACACUGAUGUUUCCCUCGUAAUUUUGACACCAGCUUCCUGAGAGGUUUGCCAGUUUUGCCUUAGGGCUCUUCAUCCUGGUUCACAAAAUAAUUUGCAAAUGCUUGGACUCACCUAGCCCUCCUCCAUGGGGAAACAUGUUCCCAUUUUGAGCCAGACACUCCUGCUGCUGAAUGUUGUAUGGUGAGUGAAAGAAGUACUGGGUUUUCUUUCUUGGUCAUCCAGUGAACAGCAAGGGGAGCUUUCCUGAAUCUUUUAUCCCUUACUGCUCCUUUCGGAUACUGUGGAGAUCGGAAGAAGGGAAUUACACAUGCAGGGUUUGGUUCCUGGGUGGGGAGAGGGGGCCAUGAGGUGUGGCUGUUGUUCUGCACUCAAGCAAUGCAGGAACUGCCUGGGGAAGGUGACAUUUCAUCCUUCUCCCCACACUGAUAGGCUGCACGACUCUAAACCAUGGGCUUCAUCUGCUUACAUAUGUAUUUAGACAUUUAAAUAAGAAUCUUCUUCAGCACCCCCACCCACCCCUCAAGUAACAAAUAAACCAGAACAUUUGUGCUCUGAUGACAAAGCUGCAAUUUGAGUGGCCCAUGUUGCUGUAAUGAGUGCCCUUCUGCAUGUGCAGUGCAAUGCAGUCAGGCACUUGCAUGAUAGGUUUGAGGGUUGUGUGUCUCAGUCUGUCCAUCUGCCCCCUUCACACGGGGUCCUUAGUGUAGGACAGUUGAGACUCUCUGAAUGAACAGCUGCUGGCUUGGAUUUUUUUUUUCUCCCCCUUACUUAGGCUGACUUCAAGCUUUAUUUACUGCACAACAUCCAGACUCCACUCUGAAGAGCAAAGAUAUUUGUUAGUAUCUUCAGGAUAUCUCCUGCUGUGACAGCUUAGACUGUUAAUGAUUUUGUGUGCUGAGCAUUUGGAUGUUACUGUCACCCUUAUUGCCUAAGUGAGGAAUUUGAGACUGAAGCAAAACCCUUUUUUUUUUUUUUUUGUAAUUUGAAGGGCCUAAGAUGAGAUACACAGACAGUGGCAAUUUGCAGGGGCUGACUUUGUACCCUUUUGUGGGUUCAAAUCACAUUUCUUACAAACUUCCUUAUCACCUAUAAGUGCUCAGAGAUUCUUCACAUCCAGCCACAAUUAUUGAUGAGGUGAGGAGCACUGUCCUUAUUGCUGAAGUCUUUCUAUGGCUUCUCAGCUAAGAGAGAGAUGGUAGCAGGCAGGCAUCUCUCCAGGGCUGAUGGUCAAUUGCUUUCAUUAUGAGAACCCAGACAGCAUCCUGCUUUGUCCUUUUUGUCAUUGGGCCUGACUCAUUUGUGCUCAUCUCCUUCAGUUCUUGCCCUUCACCUCUCUGGAGGCAUGCCUUCUAUGGCUCUGUAUAAAAAGUCUCAAAAAUAAACUCUGUAAUAAUUUGAUUUAGCAUUACUGUAAAGGGUAUGGACCAAGGGACAACUUAGGAUGGCAGAAAAGAGAUUUCUACCUUUUUGAGUAUUUUUGUCUGUAACCAGAUAUAUGUAUAUCUGUGUGUAUAUAUUUUAUUUAUUUUUGAGCUAGGACUUGGUAUGUAUUCACUUUGUAUUGGAGUUUCCUUAUAAAGGUAUUUUCAAUUCCCCAAAUAUGUUUUGUCUCUGGAAAUACUGUGAUUCCUGGACUUCAAAGGAAUUGAAAGAUCAGCCCCAAAUGCAUAGCAUCGUAGAGAAUCUGCUGUGAAGUGACUUGUCUACUACAUCUCAAGAAAGAGAAUAUGUAGGUGAAAACUUGCUAUGGAACAAUCACACUUUAUAUACUUUUACCUGAACAUCCUAGGGUGACAUGAAUUUUAACUCAUGUCUGGCAGAGAUAUUUCAAGUAUUGUCCUCUUGAUUAUUUUCUCUAAACUACAGAGUAAUGAUUGUCUAGUGAAGUAAACAUGACUGUUUAACAAAUGAUAGGCUGCCUUCUAAUGCUCAAUUCAGCAAAGUUUUAAAAGAUGUCUUAGUGUAUAUUUUGGGAAGAAUGCCCUUGGAACCAGAAUCAAUCAUCUGACUGAGCUGUAUUAGAAAAAAGGAAAAGGUUACAAAGAGAAAAUGAUACUAACCAUUGUCUUUAUUAUCCUAAGUCUUGUUCUGUUCUCUCUAUGGACUCUUGGUUUACAUCUUGUAGAGAAAUUAGUGCAUCUUGAAAAAAACUAAAAAGACAAAGACAAACAACCUCCCUCUACAAGCUUUUUUGUGUUCAUUUAUUAGAUGUGGGUUAGCAGGUUCUGUUUGCAAGCUGAAUACCCAUUUUCUUAUUUAAAGAGAUUCCAUUAAGCUGAAAGAUGAAAAUCAAAAUGUUUGAAUUUCUAUUAAUACCAUUUUGGGACCGGACAGAUUACUGCAAGGAUAAGAAAUCACAAUUGCAGCUAAGUACUGCAGUCCACAUAGUUCCGUGCUCACACAUUGCACCUCACACCUGUGCUAAGUGGGCAUUUUGUGAGGAAAGUGCACUGUUUGCUCAACAGAAGCAUAAAAGAUGACACAUGGUAAGUUGCUGUACACCUUAUCUUCUCUCUGCUAAUCGCUGUGGAUAAAGUGAUGAUGGUGCACUACCAUAUGACUCAGAAACAACUGCUGAAAACCACAAAUUUAUUUCAGGUGAGUUACAUCCCAUGUGUAUGUAUACUUAAACGUAACUGUGUAUUUGUCCCUGGGAAGAACCCAAAAGCUUGUCACAAAUAACUGACAACUGGAAGAAUCAGAGCUGGUCUAUUUAGAAUAUGUCUACUCUGUCAUUCUGCAAGUACCUCAAGUGUUUAGGAUAUGGAUGAGUACAACUUCUACUGCUUGUCACUGAACUACUGCUGGUAAUUGAAAAUUGGAAUGCAGUGUUCCCUGGAGAGUUUGUCAUGGAGCUCAAGAGGUUAAUAUGUAGUUAUGUGAUGAUACUAUAAUUUUAUAUGCAUCUGCAGAUACUGCUAAUAGACAUUAAAGUGGGCAUUUACAUCCUUAUUAUGGGUCAGUACUUGAUGUCAUAAUAAAAAAGUCACAUCAGAAAAGUACAGGAUAAAAAUCUGAUUAUGCACAUUUUGGAAUGUAAAUGGCUUUAAAAUUCAAAUUGUCACCUGGUGGGAGGAUCAGGAAGGAGUCAGAACAAGGGCAAAGGGGCAAAGCUGUGAGACACAAGGGGCAAGAUAAAGGAGGAAGAAGAGACAGGCAGGAGUAGGCCUUUGCUUGGAUAGUUUAUAUCCAUAUGAAUACUAUACCCCAUUACUUAAGCCCUUCAUGUCAUCUCAUUAAACAUAAGCUUGAGUGAAAAGUGGACUUUGUAAUGGAGUGUGAAGGUCAGUAAACUCCAGAUCUUCUGUCUUUCUACAGAUUUCAAAUUUGCUCAGUGUUGUUAAGGCUAAAACAUCAUGUAGGUUAAUGCAGGGUGUGCAUUUGUAAAGCAACAUCAAAGCUAAUUAAGUUUUAAGGCACAACAACAGCUGAAACUCUCUCAUAAGUCUGCUCUAAGUAAACAUACUGGCAAAGCUGUAACUACUGGCCCCAGAGCUUGAGGAGGGGAGGGUACUGAGGAGACAGACUUUGAGUUCUGAAGGGCUGUGUAGCUUAAAAUCAGUGGAGAAGUAUCAUGAGUACUGGAGUAGCAUGUGUGAUGCAUGUGCAGCUGGAUACAUCAGGAUACAGUGAGUUCAGUUGCACUCAAAGAGUUUCCAACAUCACCUUGAGUGUCUGUGGGAGCUGAAACCCUAAAGCAUGUAAAAAUUUGGAAGGGUGUUGACAUUCUAUUUCUGCACUAGUUUUUCAUCCAAGCACAUCCUAAAGCACUCUAAAAAGUCUGCAGUUGACUGAAAUGUGCGGAAUUUUUUUGUUGGAAAUACAGGAUGCAAGGCCAUGAAGUGGGGUAAACGGUUUAUGACUGAUGGAAGGAAAAUAUUUGUCCUUCCAUCUCCACUGCAUUGUUUCUUCAUGCUUGGCUGUAAGCUCCUGCUAUUUGCCUUUCCCUCCUUUGACUCCUCUGAGUCACAUAAACCACUUCAACUGCAAAAAUUGA